AUGGCGGCUGGGAGGAGUGUAAGAUAUCCUGACCACGAACUGAGAGAUAAAGAAUCGAAUUCUAGAUUUUCCAGACGGGAAAGUGGGUACUCAAAUGAGAAUUAUGACCAUGUAAGGAACACUGCUCUUGAUAAUGAUAACGGACGGAGCAAUCCAGGUAGUAGGGAAGUCUUUGUUGAUCGUGGUCCUAAAAGAUGCGGGUUUUCAGCUAGGUCUGUGGAUAGGGAACCAGGUGAGCUCUCUAGUGAGAGUGGUUCGGAUGAUUUAAUCGAGUCUGAUUCACUGGUGAAAGAUAAUGGAGUUGUGAAGCAGGUAGAGAAUGGAGGUCAAAGCCCUGUAGAAAAGAAGAGAAAGUUUUCACCGAUAGUAUGGGACAGAGAUGACCAUGAAAGACGGUCUUUGAGCAGAAAUGAAAAAUCUGUGGAAAUCACCCCUCUUCCUCCCCCACCUCCACUAGUUAAGAGGUCAAGCAAGUCACCUAGUGUCAAUGGUGAUGGCAAUUCUCAUCUUUCGUCUACGGAGAGUAACAUGCAUCAAGAUCCAGCUCAAGUUGGUAUUCUUGCGGGUUCUGUGCCUACUUUUUCAUCUCCGGUAGGGAUAUCUUCUUUGUGUGUGGUAGAACAAUCAUCAAACGCUGUGCAAGAUGCCAAACAAGUGGAUGCACCACACCUGGAAAACGAGGAAAACAUGCCAACAAGGCAUAUAUCAUCCUCUAGGUGGGCUGCUGGCAACAGUUCUCCAACUGACGAAGGUGAAAUAGUAGAAGAAGUGGGAAUUAAUAAAAGGAGGAAGAAACCUCUUCCUGUGGAAUUCCUUCAGGGGAGAUCCCGUGAUAAGUCUCUAACGCCUGAGGCCGGGGAGUUCGUGAGGGAAGGUUAUAGAUCAUCUGAUUCUGAUGAAAGGAGGUACCAUGCUUUACCGUUAAGCAGAGAUGAUUUUGAGGAGAAAGAUGCUGUUAAGGGGGACAAUAUGGAAAUAGAUGAGGUGGAACGUAGAAGAGGAAAUACUAGUGACAGCCAUAGUGAAACAGAUUCAGAUGAAGAAUUUGUUCGGCAUGAGACACCUGAACCUGCUGGUCCACUGAGAAGUAUAAACAUGCUCCAGGGUUGUAGAAGUGUUGAUGAGUUUGAGAGAUUAAAUAAGAUUGAUGAAGGUACUUAUGGUGUUGUUUAUAGGGCGAAGGACAAGAAGACAGGUGAAAUUGUGGCGUUGAAGAAGGUGAAGAUGGAAAAAGAAAGAGAAGGUUUUCCGUUGACUGCUCUUAGGGAAAUUAACAUUCUUCUUUCUUUUCAUCAUCCAUCAAUAGUGGAUGUUAAAGAGGUGGUUGUGGGUAGUAGUCUUGAUAGUAUUUUUAUGGUUAUGGAAUAUAUGGAACAUGAUCUUAAAGCAUUGAUGGAGUCGAUGAAGCAGCGUUUCAGUCAAAGUGAAGUUAAAUGCUUAAUGCUUCAACUUUUGGAAGGGGUCAAGUAUCUUCAUGACAACUGGGUACUUCAUCGAGAUCUGAAAACAUCUAACCUGCUUUUGAACAACCGGGGUGAGUUGAAGAUAUGUGACUUUGGUUUGGCUCGGCAAUACGGCAGCCCGCUGAAGCCGUAUACCCAUAUGGUUGUUACACUUUGGUACAGGGCACCUGAACUUCUGUUGGGAGCAAAACAAUAUUCUACAGCCAUUGACAUGUGGUCAUUGGGCUGUAUCAUGGCAGAGCUAUUAUCAAAAGCACCAUUAUUCAAUGGGAAAACUGAGUUUGAUCAGCUUGACAAGAUUUUCAGAAUCCUUGGUACUCCCAAUGAAUCAAUUUGGCCUGGGUUCUCCAAGCUGCCUGGAGUCAAGGUCAACUUUGUCAAGCAUCAGUAUAACCUAUUACGUAAGAAAUUCCCAGCCAGUUCGUUCACUGGUUCACCAGUUCUAUCCGACGCUGGGUUUGACUUGUUGAACAAGCUCCUAACAUACGAUCCUGAGAGGAGAAUAACUGCUGAUGCUGCUCUUAAGCAUGAUUGGUUCCGUGAAGUCCCCCUGCCAAAAUCCAAAGAUUUCAUGCCUACUUUCCCUGCUCAACAUGCCCAUGACAGGCGUGGGAGGAGAUUGGUAAAGAGCCCUGAUCCUUUGGAAGAGCAACGUAGGAAGGAAUUAACACAAACCGAACUUGGGUCUGGUGGUCUGUUUGGCUGA